AUGGAUGCAGCCUCGUCUUCCGACGUCGAGUCCAUAAUGUCCAAACCAAAAGAUGCUUCCAGCCCCGCGAGCUCGCCGCCACCAGCCCGCUCGCCGCCAAACGAAACUAUAAACGAUGACGAGCUUGAAAAGGAAGAAGAGCAGGCCCGCAUUGCCAACAACCUCGCCGAGGAAAAGCGGCGUCAGGCCCUCGCCCGCAAGCGUAAGACGAAAAAGGCGACCACCAAGGCAGAGCGCGAGGCCCAGGCAAGACAGCUUGACGAACUUCUUAUGAAGAGUGCGGCUUUCAGCGACAUCUUGACCAAAAAGACACAAGUAUUGGGUCGUGUUGGGAGCGGCUUAGACGGCCAGACUCUUGGUGAACAUGAUUUGCAGAUGGCGAAGCAACCCAAAUGCAUGGUUGGGGGUAAAAUGCGUGACUAUCAACUCGAGGGUCUCACCUGGAUGUUCGAGAUCUGCUCACAGGGCAUGAGCGGAAUUCUUGCCGACGAAAUGGGCCUUGGCAAAACGGUCCAAACGAUAUCCCUUAUAGCCUUGCUUCGAGAGCAAGAAAACUACCUUGGCCCUCACCUCAUUGUUGCGCCUCUGAGCACCUUGUCCAACUGGAUGGACGAAUUUCAACAAUGGACGCCCUCGAUUCCGGUCGUCAUGUAUCACGGCAAGCCAGAGCAACGCCAGCAAAUUUUCUCGCAGAAAAUCAUGAAGCAUAUGCAAGCCGGCCGUCCUACCGAAAGGUUCCCCGUCGUAUGCACGUCGUACGAGAUGGUUCUUCAGGACAAGGCAUUUUUGUCGCGUAUCAACUGGGAAUUCAUCAUCAUUGAUGAGGGACAUCGCAUGAAAAAUGCCGAGGCCAAGCUUUUCCAGGAACUGCGGCAGUUUACUUCUGCCACCCGUCUGCUAAUUACUGGCACGCCCCUGCAAAACAAUUUGAAAGAGCUGUGGUCCCUACUUCACUUCUUGCUACCCAACAUCUUUACAAACUGGGAAUCGUUCGAGUCUUGGUUCGACUUUUCCGGCCUCGAAGAUGAAGAGGGUACCCAGGAGUUUAUCCAGGAUAAAAUGAAGCAAGACCUGGUCAAAAAGAUGCAUCUCAUCCUGCAGCCUCUGUUGCUCCGCCGCAUCAAGCAGGACGUUGCCGCAUACCUCCCACGAAAGCGUGAAUAUGUGCUAUUCGCACCCAUGACCAAAGAGCAAACCGAUCUGUACAAUGUUUUGAGUAAUAAAAAUGUCGACACGCGCGAAUUCCUCCAAAAGAAGGUGGAAAAGCACAUCAUGUCGGAAAAGCCAGCGCAGAAAGAGUCCAAGUCGAAUGGGAAGCAGGAUAAGAUGUCGCUGCCACUUCGAGGGACUCCUAGGAAUAGUCGGUCCGAAAGCAACAAGACAGAAUCGCCGGCGAGGCCCAACGCCUUUACUAGAAUGAUGGGCAAGGCUACUCGCCAAACCUCCGCUCAGCCAAAGCAAGAGACUGCUGCCACACCGACGAAGAGCGGCGCAAAGCGCAAGAACUUGGCUACUGUGGUUGCGGAGCCUGAACCAAAGAGCGCCAGAUCCAGUCGCGGAUCGACGCCGGCAUCUACACGUGGUCGCCCCAGAAGGUCGCGUACAUACAAGGAAGCCGAUUCGGAAGACGACGACGAGCUCUCCGAUGCCGAGUUCGAGGCGAAGCUUGUUCAGGAGAUGGGAAGCGCCGUGAAUUCCGACCCAGAGCCAGAGUCGAGAUCUCCCGAAGAGAUUGAGCGUGCCCAGACUCUCGAACUGGCCAAGAAGCAAAUCGCCGCCAAACGACUUGGAAACACCCUCGCCCAGCAUCGCCUCGUCUGCAACAGCCCCCACAACUUCUACAACCCGUGGGCCGUGGCCACCGACACCCCCGUCGAUGAGUCCAUCGUGACCGCCUCCGGCAAGAUGCUGCUCCUCGACCGCCUACUACAUCACCUCUUCGCGCACGACCACAAGGUGCUCAUCUUCUCGCAGUUUGCCAUGCAGCUCGACAUCCUCGAGGACUACUGCCGGGAGCUCCGCGGCUGGCCUGUCUGCCGCAUCGACGGCUCCGUCUCCCAGGCCUCGCGCCGCGACCAGAUCCGGCGCUUCUCCACCGACUCCUCCCACCGCGUCUUCCUGCUCUCCACGCGCGCCGGCGGCCAGGGCAUCAACCUCGCCGCCGCCGACACCGUCGUCCUCUUCGACUCCGACUUCAACCCGCAGCAGGACCUGCAGGCCCAAGACCGCGCCCACCGCAUCGGCCAGCAGCGGCCCGUCGUCGUCUACCGCCUCGCCACGCGGGGCACCGUCGAGGAGCGCCUGCUGCUCGCCGCCGACGCCAAGCGCCGCCUCGAGAAGCUGGUCAUCCGCAAGGGCGGCUUCCGCACCAUGGGGCAGAAGAUGGAGGGCGGCGACGGCGGCGCGGGGGUGGGUGAGAAGGAGCUGGAGCAGCUGCUGCUCAAGGAUGGGCAGGUGUUUGAGACGACGGGCGGCGAGGAGGUGCUGAGCGAGGCGGACCUGGAGGUGCUGUGCGACCGCAGCGACGCGGCGUACGAGAAGGCGGCGAGCGGCGAGGCGGAUGAGGCCGAGGGCUACUGCGUCGUGGAAACGGGCGCGGAUUCUAUCAAGAUGAACUUUAAGGGCAGCAAAGAGUAA